CUUCCCAUUGGUUGGAGAGGCCUCACGUAGGGAGCACGAGGAGGGGGAGGAGCCUUGGGGUUGUUUUUUCGCUCAGCAGGCCGACCCCACCAUGCGGUGGUGGCCGCAGGCGCUGGACUUGGGUGUGCUGCACCCUAGUAGGUAGGCGCUGCCGUUCGUCGCUGCCGGCCAGCCGGCAGGGGCCCCGCCUUCUGCCUCUUCUUCACGUGGCGGGAACUGUCGGCCGCGGGAACCGCCUGGGUUCUUCUGGAUUGCCUGCGCAUCUGAGCUCAGCGAGGGACAGAGGGAGAGGAAGAAUCCUUAAGCAUUUUACCUGCUUUGCGUGGGGCACAUCCCAAGUCUUGAUAUCAGGACCCUGAGAUCAUAACGUGAAACAAAACCAAGAGUUGGUUGCUCAACCAACAUCCCAAGUCUUGAUAUCAGGACCCUGAGAUCAUAACGUGAAACCAAACCAAGAGUUGGCGUUCAACCAACUGAUCUACCCAGGUAGUAUAGAUCAUCAGUAGAAAAACUUCCUGAAAGAAGAAAUUGUUCAAGAGAGAUUUGAAGGUAGCAAAACGGAAGAGGAAGAAUUGACAACAGAUGCAGAGGAUAGCAUGGAAAUUUUACUUCAUUCAUUUGUUUAACAAAUUUAUUCAGCAAAACUUUGUUGAACACCUGCUCUUGCUAGAUAUUACCCUAGGCAACAGAACCGCAGCACUGAAAAAAACAGACAAAACCUCCUGCCCAUGUACAACUACAGCUGAUGAUGUCUUCCAGUUUCAAUUUAUUUAGAGUGGGCAUCUCUUUUGUCAUGAUGUGCAUUUUUUGUAAGUCAGCAGUAGGCUCUCUAUCAGAACUGAGUCCUCAGAAAUAUUUCAGUACAUUACAACCAGGAAAAGCCUCCUUAGCUUAUUUUUGUCAAGCUGAUUCUCCAAGAAACUCUGUAUUUCUAGUAGAACUGAAUGAGGCUGUUAAACCUCUCCAGGACUAUGGAAUUUCAGUUGCAAAGGUUAAUUGUGUCAAAGAAGAAACAUCAAGAUACUGUGGAAAAGAGAAGGAUUCGAUGAAAGCAUAUUUAUUCAGGGGCAACAUCUUACUUAGAGAAUUCCCUCCUGAUACUCUGUUUGAUGUGAAUGCCAUCGUUGCUCAUGUUCUCUUUGCUCUUCUUUUUAAUGAAGUAAAAUAUAUUUCUACUCUGGAAGACCUUCAGAACAUAGAAAGUGCUCUGAAAGGAAAAGCCAGCAUUGCAUUCUCCUACGUAAGAGCCAUUGGAACACCAGAACACAGAGCAGUCAUGGAAGCUGCUUUUGUAUAUGGGACUACAUACCAGUUUGUUCUAACCACAGAAACUGCCCUUUUGGAAAGUAUUGGCACUGAGGAUAUUAAAAAUGCACAUCUCUACUUUUUUCAUUGUAAACAAGUCUUGGAUUUGACUGAGCAAUGUAGAAGAACACUGAUGGAACCACCACUGACUACAUUGAAUAUACAUAGAUUUAUUAAGACAAUGGAAGCUCCUCUUCUGGGACUGGGAUUAUGCAAGAUUGGUGCACCAGGAAUCAAGGGGACCAUUUUGGAAUUUGACCUAUCAUGGACUGAAGUUGCUGAAGACCCUCAACAGGUUUCAACUGUUCAUCUCCAACUAGGAUUACCACUGGUUUUUAUUGUUAGUCAGCAAGCGACAUAUGAAGCUGAUAGAAGGACUGCAGAAUGGGUUGCUUGGCGACUUCUGGGGAAAGCAGGAGUUCUACUCUUGUUAAGGGACUCUUCGGAAGUGGACAUUCCUCAGCAUGCUAAUGUGGUCUUCAGAAGAGCAGAAGAGGGAGUGCCAGUGGAAUUUUUGGUCUUACAUGAUGUUGAUUUAAUAAUAUCCCGUGUGGAAAGUAAUAUGCACAUUGAAGAAAUACAAGAAGAUGAAGAUGAGGACAUGGCAAGUCCAGAUAUGGAUAUUCAAGAUGAUGAAGUGGCAGAAACUGUUUACAGAGAUAGGAAGAGACGGUUGCCUUUGGAACUCACGGUGGAACUGACAGAAGAGACUUUUAACAUGACAGUAGUGGCUUCUGAUAGCAUAGUGCUUUUCUAUGCUGGUUGGCAAGCAGUAUCCAUGGCAUUUCUGCAGUCCUAUAUCGAUUUGGCAAUUAAAUUAAAAGGCACAUCCACUAUGCUGCUUGCUAGAGUGAACUGUGCAGAUUGGUCUGAUUUAUGUACUAAGCAAAAUGUCACUGAAUUUCCUGUUGUGAAGAUGUAUAAGGAAGGCGAGACCCCAGUGUCUUACACUGGAAUGUUAGGAACUGAAGAUCUCCUAAAAUUUAUCCAGCUCAACAGGAUUUCAUGCCCAGUGAACAUAACAUCGGUCCAAGAAGCAGAAGAGUAUUUAAAUGGGGAAUUACAUAAAGACCUGAUCUCCUACUCUAGUGUGUCAGUGCUGGGACUGUUUAGUCCAAACAUGACAACAGUGAAAGAAGAUUUCACUGAAGCAGGAAACUGCCUAAAAGGAUAUGUUAUCACUGGAAUUUAUUCUGAAGAAGAUGUUUUAAUACUGUCAAAUAAAUAUGCUGCAACCCUUCCAGCCCUGCUGCUGGCCAGACACAAAGAAGGCAAAAUAGAGAGCAUUCCAUUAGCUAACUCCCCUGCACAAGACAUAGUUCAAAUAAUAACAAAUGCAUUACUGGAAACAUUUCCAGAGAUCACUGUGGAAAAUCUUCCUAUUUAUUUAAGACUUCAGAAACCAUUACUUAUUUUAUUCAGUGAGGGCAGCAUAAAUCCUCAGUAUAAAAAAGCAAUGUUGAAGCUGGCAAAAGAUAAACACUUGGAUUCACUUAUCCCCUGCUGGUUAAAUCUACAGAAUACUCCUGCAGGACGAGGAAUCUUACAGGCAUAUUUUGACGCUCUGCCUCCCCUUCCUCUUAUUGUUGUGGUCAAUCUGCAUUCAGGUGGCCAAGUAUUUGCAUUUCCAUCAGACCAGGCCAUCAAGGAACAAAACCUUUUAUUGUGGCUGAAGAAACUAGAAGCAGGACUUGAGAGUCAUAUCACAGUUUUACCUGCUCAGGAAUGGAAACCUCCUCUUCCUGCUUAUGAUUUUCUAAGUAUGAUGGAUGCUGCAGCAUCUCACCAUCCCACAAGGAAAGAUCCUGAGUGUACAAAAGAAACAGAUGCAUCGGAGAAGGACAAAAAACAGGAAGACAAAUCAGCAAUCAGAAAAGAACCAAUUGAAACACUGAGAAUAAAGCAUUGGAAUAGAAGUAAUUGGAUUAAAGAAGGAGGAAAAUCAUUUACGCAUGAUAAUAAAGAGUUAUGAGCUGGUUUCCUAGG